AUGCCGCAGAAUGCCGCAAACCAUGGCGAUGUGGUACCCACUGCCAAUAUCAUGAACUCGGUCGCCGACGCCUCCUCCUCACUCUUCCAAAUUUGCGUCGCAUUACGACAGCGUCUUCUCGGAGUCCCUGGCUUCAAAGAGACCCUCGAGACGGUCGAGGGCGAGGCCGAUGAUGAUACCGAUCCCGUCACACUUCUCUGGCGUACGUUUCGUCGUGGAGAGCCAUUGUUACUUUUGUACAAUGCUUUUCAGCCGGCAACACCUUUGGUCCUUAGGGAGGAUCUCAAGGAAGACAAGAGAGGGAAGGCGGCCACAUACAAGUUCCUCUCGGCUUGCAUGAACGAUCCGAAUCUGCCCACGGACGACUCGUUCAUCAUCAAUGAUCUGUACGGCGACGACACGACAGGCUUCGUCAAGGUCGCAAGGCUUGUGAACCGAGUAUUGGAUAUACUGGUGGCGCAGGGCCUGAUUGAGGAUGUCAGGCCGACUGCAUCGGAUUUUGAGCAUGCAGAGAAGGGAUUGAAGCGUACACAACGUCAGCACAUUAUUGCAGAGCUGGUCAAGUCUGAAAGGACGUAUGUGCAGCAUCUGGAACUGCUGCAGGCCUUCAAGCACCUCGUGGAAGAGAAGGGUGUUAUUCCCGGGGAUGCCAUCCACGACAUCUUUCUCAACCUGAACGGCCUACUCGACUUCCAACGACGCUUCCUCAUCCGCGUGGAGCAGACGAAUGCCAUGCCGGAAGAAGAGCAGAACUGGGGCAAGCUCUUCAUACUCUACUGCGAAGCCUUCAAGGUUUACGAACCCUAUAUCGCCAAUCAGCGCAAGUGUGAGAAGACGGUCAUUGCGGAAUUUGGCAAGCUCAAAGACGCCGGUGGCAGCAACGAAAUGCGUCAAAUGGUGGAGUCACCUACCGCGCUGCACUCAUUUUUGAUGAAACCGUUCCAAAGAUUGACAAAAUACCCACUGUUGCUGGACCAACUCUACAAAAAGGGUGACCUCGAUGACGAGCGCAAACAGGAUUUGCUGAACGGAAUGGAGGCAUCUACAUCUGUCCUCACUCGCACGAAUGAGGCCGUAGACAGGGAGGAAAAGCUAGAGGCUGUAGAGGAGCUUAAGACGAGAGUCGAAGAUUGGAAGGGCCACAGCGUAGCCCAAUUUGGAGAGCUGCUACUUUACGGCACCUUUACAGUCCUGAAGAGCGAGAAUCUUGCGAAUGGCAAAGAUGGAGAGCGACAAUACCACGUAUACCUUUUCGAGACCAUUCUCCUCUGCAUCAAGAACAUCGACAUCACCAAAGCAAAGAACAAGUUCAACAAAAGUCUUCUCGACAACAAGGGCAAACCGAAGCUGCAGCUCAAAGGCCGCAUCUUCAUGCAAAAUGUCACUGACCUCGUCUCUCUAGCCAAACCAGGCUCAUACACUUGUCAGAUAUUUUGGAAAGGCGACCCGAGCAUUGAAAACUUCAUCAUUCGAUUCACCACCGAGGACGCGCUGAAGAAAUGGGCAUCAUCGAUUGAGACUCAAAGAAGGCGCUACCACGAUCGCAUUUCUGGUACGAGCAGAACUGUGCCCGAAUUCAGCUACAUGGCGAAUCAAGGCGAGCUCCAAAACCCGUACGCGCAAGAAGGCGAGGACGACGACGAUGAUGAAGACGAUGAUGUGGACACUGCGCUCGCAAGAAGUCACACGGGAUGGUCGGGUCAGACAUAUUUUUCGCAGAGUCGCAAUGGCAGCAGCAGCUCCCUUCGAUCACGGAGUACGACGGGUGAGAGCUCCGCACAAGGCCCUGCUUCGGCCAGCACGGGGCGUGCCCCUGCACUGAGGAUGCCACAUAGCAGCAUGCCACAGCCGCCACUCUCGCUACGGACAAGAGAGCUCCAGCAGGCCGCGCAGUCUCCCACUGGUGGUCCGUCCGACAGCUAUUUCUCGCCCACUGUCUCGGACUCGCCCAUGUCCUCUCGGACGAGUACGAGCUCGGGUAUGUAUCCAUUUCCGAGACAACAGCUCCCGCAGAAUGGUUAUUAUGAAGACGGCCACGGACACACACGGUUCACUGCUCCCGCGAUGCCGCGAGCACCAAAUGGACAGGCGAAUGGUUACGGACCUGGUGCAAGAGCGCCCUCUGCAAGACCUGGCUAUCCACCUGGCCCAGGUGGCAUGCACAGUGCGCAACCGCAGCUUGGACCGAGGCAUCGUUCCGCCAGCAGUCCCGAUGUCCACAACGGCCAGCGACCGCUUCAAAGAGUUGGACCUCAGCCGCCGGUACCCGAGAUGCCCGCUGGCUUCCAGAAUCCCAACCGAAGUCACAGCAAUUCUCCUAGCAUAAACAACGGCGUACCUGGCCGAGGUUCACCCCAAAUGCUUCGAGAACGACAAUACUCCAACGCCGAAUCCUCACCCACCGACUACAACCCUCAACGCCCGAGCAUGAGCAGCUCCCAAUUCAGCAGCACCCGCACCGUAACUCCGAUGACCUCCCGCGGACCCUCAAUGCAAUCUCAAGCUCCCUCCGAACCCUCCUCGUCCUCCUCCGGCCACCCCCCGGCACAGCUCAAAGUCAAAGUUGUCUGCCCCUCGGCGGCGCAAACCCUCACGCUUGUCGUCUCCAGCACGAUUUCCUACCAGACGCUCAAAGACCGCAUCGAUGCGAAACUGCAGCGGUCCACAAACCUCACGCUUGGGAUCGCUUCCAAGGAAAAUCAGGUGAGUGUUAAGCUGAAGUAUGUGGACGAGGAGGAUUUUGUGAGUAUUCAGAGUGACGAGGAUGUUGUUACGGCGUUUGAGACGUGGAGGGAGCAAAUGGGGGAGGGUUUGGGCGGAAUGGGAGAGAUUGAGCUUUUUUGUCAGAGGUGA